UGGGUGCUGAGGUGGGCGUCGCCAUCUUCCCCUCAGUUGGGCUUUGUCGUGCCACGGCGUCCACCGCAGUCACUUCUCUGUUCCUCUGGGGUGUUCCGGAGCCUCUCUCGAACCGGUGCGCGGACCCCGGCGAAGAGGGAUUUAUGGCAUUCCUAUCUCAGAAGAACAAAACUGUUUGGAGGGGAAGGAAAUCUUCAAAAGGUGGCCUGAAGCAGAAGCCUACGGCACCUCUGCAGGCAGCACCUGAUGAAAGUCAAGCCAUCAUUGCUUCUGUUCAGUGCAUCUUGGACAGAGAACAUUAUUUUGUGAGGGAGGUAGACAGAUAUUUGAGGCACAAUGAUUUCUUAAAUCUGAGAAAGAAGGAGAUGCUGUACAAGAAAUGGCUUGAGGAUGUUUCAGAACCACUGCUGCAGAAAAUUGAAGACAAAAUGGACGGCCAGUCAAGCGAGGAGAUACGGAGAAGGAACGAUGAACAACUCUCUCUCUAUUUAAACUACUGUCAAAAGAAGGGUUUUGUGGCUUUGGAAACUUAUGACCCAUCCGAGUACGAUCCAUUCUUCCUGAAGACACACACAGACCGCUGGAAGGUUUCAAUACCAGCUUUACAGGAUCCUCUGUUACAAGGCAUUCAAAGAAAGUUUAUUGAGGCAGGCGUUAUCAAGCAGUGUGAGACAGGCAGACCAUGUUCUAUCAGGGAAGUGAAUGAACUCAGUAAAGCAGAACUGCCACUGCUUCCUUUGAGCCGUCAACAUAUGGAUUCAAUUGCGUGGCUGAAGAUACCAUACCUCUACAUCGCUAGUGAGGUGUACAAAACUAACAGGCAGAAAGUCAUCAGCCACAAAGACAGCGAGAGCCAAUGAUGUCACCUGGCCUCCAGCUGACCGUGGCGACGGGCACAACCAUCAGAAGGUACCGUUUGCAAAAUGUGUUACGUCUUCUGCCAAAGCAAGUGAUAACAGGUCAGGUCUUCUGGCAAAUGGCAAUAAACUCAGUGUCUUAAACGUCAAUACUGUUACCCAGCAGCCAAAGAAAUGUCUGAGAUGCUGCUUCUGUCCAGUUUGUGCUCUGCAGUCCAAAACCUACUGUUUUAGGGAGUUUAACUGAGGCUCAGCUCUACAAAGAUGGAGCUGAUGUUCUCUGGUUUAUAGGGUGACAGUGUCUUUGUAUUAAUGGAGAUGAACUGGUGAGAAAAGUCAGUUAGAAAAAGUCUGGGAGGCCCUUUUCUAUACAGUGCAGAAUCCAUAUGUUAUCCCUGCUCUUGCAACAGCUACAGCUCUGAGUCCGCUGUAUUUCAUAUUAUAAGUGUGAAUGUUAGUGGUGGGAAGAGGGAAUGCCAAAGCUGGCAAAAUUUUAGCUACAGCCAUUUUACAUGAGGAGAUUUCAGAACAAACCUUCUCUUUGAAUGAGAAGGGGGCUCUGUGCAUGGUUAGCAGAUGUGUACAGAAGAGCGGUUCAGAAAGCACCGAUGAGGAAAUAAUGAUUUGGUUUUGUUUGUUCAAAUCUUUAUCAGAACUCCCACAGUGAACCUCUUGCAAAAUAGUAUUUGCAAAAUGAUGUUAGGCUACUCCCGAGGUUUCAAAUGACUUUCUGCUGGAGGCAGCGCACAAGCAGUCAAACAGACCUUAACAGACAUACUGAGUGUUCUGAGAAGGCAGGAGUUAAUGCGGGGAGAGGAGAGGGAAAGUGCUCUUAAGUCUUGCACUUUUUGGAGAGUCAGCGUUGAGCACCAAACACUGUCGGUGUCCUGUAAAUGGGUUCCUUUCUUGUCCCAGCACGGUCCCUGUGUCCCUGCCAGGCCACUGCACGGCAGCUCUGGCAGCAAAGCUGUAAACAGAAUAUUCUCUGUGCUCGUUCGACAAGCUCCAAACUCCCACUGCACAGACACAAUCUCUCACGAGUUGCCAAGAUUUAGUUUUAUUUAGGAUUAGAAAUACUGAACCACAGAAAACUGUUAAAAAUAGAGGUUGACUCAGCCCUGUGACAGGAGGGUACACAGAUGGCAAUCGGGUGUGAAACUGUCCAGUAUUGGGGGGUGUUGCUGCACCCAUGGAAAACAGGGGCAGGGGCUGCUCAAUUGCAUGCUGUGGUUUUUUUCAACAAAGCCCUUUAAGGAGGCAGCAAAACCGUUACAAUGCAUCAAACCCUUAGUAAUAUAUAUAUAUAUUUUUAAUUAACCAUCCUUGACUUUGGUGCCAAGAGAAAGUUUUUGCUUUCAAACAAUCUCAUUUUACAGUUUCACGUUGGUGUGACAGUUCCCCCGAGCAAACGUUUUAAACUUGUAAUAAACUUUUCUUGAAUUUAA